GGUUGGGCACCCGGUUUCCCGCGGUUCGAAAUUAAUGCUCGCGAGUGUGUGUGGGAGGAGUAUUUCUUAAAGCGCCAGCCUCCGUGCGGCCUUUUGUUCCGCGUCUGCAAGGCGGGGUGGGUUCAACUUUCACCGUUUUCUCGUCUAACCUCCGGAACGAUCAUGAUUUCCCAGUUCUUCAUUUUGUCCUCCAAGGGGGACCCGCUGAUCUAUAAAGACUUCCGCGGGGACAGUGGUGGUCGUGAUGUGGCGGAGCUCUUCUACCGGAAGCUGACGGGACUACCUGGAGGCGAGUCCCCGGUUGUCAUGUAUCACGAUGAUCGUCAUUUCAUUCACAUCAGACACAGUGGUCUCUAUUUGGUGGCCACAACCUCAGAAAACGUCUCUCCUUUCAGCCUUCUGGAGCUGCUUUCCCGGUUAGCCACCCUCUUGGGUGACUACUGUGGCUCACUCAAUGAGGGAACCAUCUCACGUAAUGUGGCGCUUGUCUACGAACUCUUGGAUGAAGUGCUGGACUAUGGCUAUGUACAGACUACAUCCACAGAGAUGCUGAGGAACUUCAUCCAGACUGAAGCUGUGGUCAGCAAGCCCUUCAGCCUCUUUGACCUCAGCAGUGUUGGACUGUUUGGGGCAGAGACACAGCAGAACAGAGUGGCUCCAAGCAGUGCAGCUAGCCGCCCCGUCUUGUCCAGUCGUUCUGACCAGAGCCAAAAGAAUGAGGUGUUUUUGGAUGUGGUGGAGAGGCUGUCUGUACUGAUUGCGUCUAAUGGGUCGUUGUUGAAGGUGGAUGUCCAAGGAGAGAUCCGGCUCAAGAGCUUCCUUCCCAGUGGUUCUGAGAUAUGCAUUGGCUUGACAGAAGAAUUUUGCGUUGGAAAGUCAGAACUGAGAGGUUAUGGGCCAGGGAUUCGAGUUGAUGAGGUGUCAUUCCAUAGCUCUGUCAAUCUAGAUGAGUUUGAGUCUCAUCGGGUCCUCCGCCUGCAGCCGCCUCAUGGCGAGCUGACUGUGAUGAGAUACCAGCUCUCUGAUGACCUCCCCUCACCACUUCCUUUCCGGCUCUUUCCCUCUGUACAAUGGGACCAAGGCUCAGGCCGGCUCCAGGUUUACCUCAAGUUACGGUGUGACCUGCCCCCAAAGAGCCAAGCUCUCAACGUUCAUCUGCACCUUCCCCUGCCUCGAGGGGUUGUCAGCCUGUCUCAGGAACUGAGCAGCCCAGAUCAGAAGGCAGAGCUGGGAGAAGGAGCCCUUCACUGGGAUCUGCCUCGGGUACAAGGAGGCUCUCAACUCUCUGGCCUUUUCCAGAUGGAUGUCCCUGGCUCGCAGGGACCUCCUAGCCAUGGGCCUUCCCCCUCAGCUUCCCCCUUGGGGCUGGGUCCUGCCAGCCUCUCCUUUGAACUCCCUCGGCACACAUGCUCUGGCCUCCAGGUUCGAUUCCUCAGACUGUCCUUUAGCGCCUGUGGUAAUGCCAACCCUCACAAGUGGGUUCGACAUCUAAGCCACAGCAAUGCCUAUGUAAUUCGGAUCUGAAGCUUCCCAAACAAGGAUAUGGACAGCAACGUUAGCAGGCAGUUGAAUGGGAAGAGGACAUUUUCUUUCUUGUGACUUUGGAUCUGGACAGGAAGGUUCCAUGGACUCACCCCAUCUGUGACACAGGGAGGCUCACAAACUUACAAAUCCAACUUUUAUUCUGAGGAACUUACUGUACAGUAUCUAAAAAGAAAGUCACUGGGGAAAAGUUCUUCCUCCUUCAUCCCUCACACGUUGUUUGUGUGUGUAGGAAUCUGCAGAAGAGAGGAGGUCAGCACAUGUGACAAUAUCACAGAGCAGUCUGGGGAGAGCCAGGUCCAGUAGGUUGGGAGCCAUUAGCCUUUGGAGUCCCUGGAGCUGGAGGGGGACUGUCCCCAGCUUCCUGCUUCCCCCCACAGAGGGCACUGCCCCCAAGUGGUGAUGGUGAAGAAGAUGAAGGGGGGACUGGAGAAGGAUGAGAAGGAGGGCCUCCUUUGCCUUCCCCUGUUGGGGGAAGAGAGACCACAAUGUAUUUCUGAACACUGCCAGGACCAGCAGGGGCUGUGCUUGGGGGUGCAGUGGUAGCAGUGGAGACCAGCUUGACGAUGGGCUGCACGCUGGGAACCGUGGUGGUGACAGGAGAGGUAGUGGUAGAGCCUGAGCCAGGAGCUGAGGUGCUGAGGGACAGGACCUGAGGGAGAAAGGAGGGCCUGGGGUCACGUCCUUAGUUCCCCCAGAAUCCUUUUCCAGGUACCUGCUGUUGACCCAUGCCCUCUGCUCCCACCUUCCCUUGUAGUCCCCAGUGAAUGAAUGGUCAAGACUGCUGCUAGCUUGAGGCCUCCAAGAUCCUGAUAAGCGGCUCUCGUGCCAUCUGAGUUUGAGCCUGAAGGGAUUAGGUCACAACUUGGAGGUUUCCCCAGGGUGCUGCUCACAUCCCUCACCAUGGCUCCACAUACCUGCUGGGUUGAUGAGGCACUGGAAGAUGAGGACAUUACGAUAAACUUGGUUGGAGGAGGAGAAGGCUGAGGAGGGGCAGCAGCUCUCGCAGACACCAGUGUCUGGACAGGCAAGGCAAUGGAGCCAGGGACCUUCAAUAAGCCAGGGGUGCGAGGGCCUGGCUGAGGGGCCUGUGAGAGGGUCAGUGUGGGCCGAGGCUAUGAAGAGACACAGGAAGAAAAUGUUAACAUUGAAGGCAGACCUCGGUCACUCUUGGUAGUUCUUCAUUGGGGGUAGGAGUGGGGUCCAGCUCCCUGAGACUGCUGGCAAGUCCUAUCCCAAACCUGGGUCCCUGUACAUUUCCUGUCAGCAGCUGACCUGUGUGAUGGUGAGUGUGGUCCUGUUGACCUGCUGAGCUUGUAGAGCAGCCUGGGCCCUGGCCUUCACCACAUGGGAGCAGAGAAGGGGCCCAAGGGACCCAAAUUCUCCCCGGUAGGCAUCCUGAUUGUCAGGUGGAGGGCGCAGCUUCGCCAGGACUGGGGCACAGUGUUUCUGUAGAGGAGGUAAAGUAAGGGCUGGUAUCCUCCCCAAAGGUGAGAGGGGAGCUCCUCGACUGCUGUCAGAAGCCACAGUGAGAGGCUAUGCUUCUAUAAGGGCAUUCCAUCAGAGCUGGGUGUGGUGGUUCAUGCCUGUGGUCCCAGCACUUGAGCUGAAGCAGAAAGGUCAUUGAGUUCUAGGUUAGCCAGAGCUACAUAGAGAACUCCAGGCUAGGCUGAGCAGGUGUCAUAUCUCAAAGUAAAGAGGGCCAAAGAGAAUAUAGCUCAUUGGUAGAGUGUUUUGUAAACAUGCAUAUGGCCCUAGGUCCAAUUCCCAGCAGCACAAGAAUGGGGGACUGGAGAGGUAGCUCAGAGGUUUAGUCCUCAGAGGGUGGUUGCUCACAAGCAUCCUCUAGUUGCAGAUCUGUUACCUUCCUCUGGCUUCUGUGGGCACCUGUACCCAUGGUGUUCAUUCAUGAGCAUAUAAAAAUAAAACGGGAUGAUUUUA